UUUUUAAAUUAAACCCGUAUUAUCCCUCUGUAGAAACAAAUUGCACGGCAACCAACAAAGAAAGCGGCAUCAUUUUGUGAUAAAAGUUGCAUAAGAGAGAAAAUAACCAUCUCCUUUUUAACUGCAUGAAAGAUUAGUAACCAUGCAUGUAAACCAAAUACAAAACAACACAUCGAAAUCCAAUUAUUAGAUAGCGGCGACAAUUAUUUAUUAUUAUUACUAUUAUAUAUGGUGGUCUCUCCAAGAUUUCCACAAAUUUAUUUAUUUCCUUGUACAAAUUCUAAUAUAAAUACCAAGAAAGUGAUUCGAAAUAUCUUCCCACCAUCCCACGAAAUGUUUGGAACGAACAGGUCAAGUGCUACUCUCCCACCAGGCUUCAGAUUCCAUCCUACAGAUGAAGAGCUUAUCAUUCAUUAUCUAGUGCCGAAGGCCUCGACUUCCUCAAAUCCGUUACUCUCAAUGAUAGCUGAUGUCAAUAUCUACAAGUUCAAUCCGUGGGAAUUGCCCGAUAAGGCUUUUUUUGGGGAGGAUGAGUGGUUUUUCUUUAGUCCAAGAGAUAGGAAGUAUCCAAACGGAACACGUCCGAACAGAGCAGCUGCAUCUGGCUACUGGAAAGCCACUGGGACUGAUAAACCAAUCAUCACUUCUGUUGGAUCACAAUGUCUUGGAAUGAAGAAAGCUCUUGUAUUUUAUACAGGGCGUCCUCCGAAAGGUGUAAAAACAGAGUGGAUGAUGAGUGAAUAUAGGCUUCUCGAUGAUUACUUUCCAUCUCGAAGGCCUAAAGAAUCGAUGCGGUUGGAUGAUUGGGUUCUGUGCCGAUUCCGGCAGAAAAGCAAGGUUCCUCAACAAAUAGGAGGAAGACACUGUGAUAGCAGUUCUAGCUGUUCCCCUCCAUUGGCUCGUGGGUGCUUACAAGGUCAAGAGAUGAUAAUACAGAAUUACACCAUUCCCCAAGGCAAUAUUAUGCAUCAGCCACCUGCAGAUCAGUACCAGAUGGCUCCCCUGGAAAGUGAAGAAGUAGAUGAAAAGGGACAAAUGGAGUUCCAAGGAGGCUCUCCAGAUUACUCACUCUCAACUCCCACUUCCAACUCUCAAACAACCAUUGAUUCUAAUUUCAGAGAAGUGCUCAAAUCCAUUGAAAGGGUACUUUCUGUUGGAAAUUUGGAUGAAAUAAUGCUAUCAAAACCAGAGGAAAUAUUGAAGGCCGCUUCCACUUCAAGUAACAAUGUCAACGCAUCAGUUUUUGAAAUUUCUUCUCCGGCCCACCUCUUCUCACAGUUCUAAUUCAUACUAUCCUCGUCUGUCAAACAUUCUUUAUUUCUUUACUAAUCACAACAGUCCCGAGGCUGAGGGUUCCAUUACCAAUACCAAAC